AUGGAUCCAUCAUCACAACCGAUAGCAAGCACCGGCAGCCAUGCCCCAGAACCGGACAAGCCGCGCAUGCAGUACCAGCGACUAGGAAAUAGCGGGCUGAAAGUUUCUCGUAUCAUUCUCGGCUGCAUGAGCUAUGGCAACCCCAACUGGGAGGGCUCGCCGUGGGUGCUCGACGAAGCGCAAUCUCUACCGCUGAUCAAGAAAGCCUACGACAUGGGGAUCAACACGUUUGACACCGCGAACACCUACUCCAACGGUCGCCGAGUGGUGAUCAUGACCAAGAUCUACUACCCGGUGCUGGAAGACGACCCUGACGCGCGCCCGCAGCCGGCGACCAACGACGGGCCGCUGGUCAACCAGAUGGGCCUCAGCCGCAAGCACAUCUUCGAUGCGGUGGAGGGGUCACUGCGGCGGCUGCAGUCUGACUAUAUCGACGUGCUCCAGCUCCACCGGUUCGACUCCGAGACGCCAGGCGAGGAGAUCAUGCGAGCUUUGCAUGACCUGGUGCAAGUGGGGAAGGUGCGCUAUUUGGGGGCGUCGAGCAUGCACUGCUGGGAGUUCGCGAGGCUGCAAUACACGGCCAAGAUGCACGGGUGGACGCCGUUCGCGGAGGGCGUUGGGCUGGUGCCCUGGAGUCCGUUGGCCCGGGGGUUACUGGCUCGACCGUGGCAGGAGAAGUCGACCCGCGCGGACCAGGAUCUGAAAACUAAAAGAUGGUUUGUUGGCGAUGCCAAUGAAUGCAUCGUGCGGCGCGUCGAGGAGAUAGCGCGGAGGAAAGGGUGUGGGAUGGGGUCGGUUGCGAUAUGCUGGUUACUGCAGAAGGGAGCAUGUCCGGUCGUUGGCCUGAACAGUGUGCACAGGAUUGAGGCUGCAGUGGAGGCCCUACAAGUCACGCUGACACCCACCGAGGUUGCUCUCCUCGAGGAAGCGUACCGUCCACUGGGGGUCCAGGCCAUCUGA